UGAGGCUUGAGGGAGCCGUCGCCGUUGGUCGCCGUCCGGUCAGGGGCUAUAGUGGCGGUGGAAAAUUGCGAGUCGCGAGUCGCAAUAAAUUCAGCUCGCAAGGUCAAACACACUCUGGAUAGUUCAAUUCAGUUCAAGUAGUAUUGCCAAGAACGACAAGCAAACGAAUGAAACAUGGCAGAUUCAGUUGAGGCUGAGGCAUCCAAUAUGCCGCCUAAUCCCAAAGGAGCAGCUUUAGUCAGUUUAUUACCAGAAAUAAGCCAUCACCACCCGGCGCCACGACCAACAUCUCUUCUAUCUUUAAGGACGUCCAAUUUUAGAAGUGAGAAGGAACGUUUGGAGUCCUUUGCCGGCUUCCCAUCUCGUGCCAUGAAUGUAAGGCAGUUGGCUGCAGCGGGGUUUUGGUACACUAAGUGUGAGGACAUUGUGCGAUGUGCCUUUUGCAAUGUGGAAGUUGGACGGUGGGAAGAGGGAGAUGAUCCCAUUGAGGAACACAAGAAGUGGUCGAAAAAUUGCAGUUUCUUGAAACAUAUGAAAGUUGGCAAUAUCCCCAUUGACCCUUCAAAUCCCCCUCCUCUUCCUCCAGUGGAACGUGGUGGAUAUGAUGAGUGUGGUAUCUACAACAUAAAGAAGUCUGACAACUGUCCUGUGAUACCAUCUCUGGAAAAACUAGGAAUCCAAAAAAGGUACAACCCUGCACAUCCGGCAUAUGCAACGUUAGAUGCCCGGAUAGAGUCCUACGAAAGUUGGCCAAUUGGCCUGAAAUUGAGACCUCAAGAACUUGCUGAGGCUGGUUUCUUUUUCACUGGUCUUGGUGACAAAACCAUGUGUUUCCAAUGUGGAGGCGGCCUGAAAGAUUGGGCUGAAACUGAUGAUCCUUGGCGAGAGCAUGCCCUUCGUUUUUCAAGGUGUAGCCAUGUAGUACAAACAAAGGGACAAGACUUUAUCGCUGAGGUCCUGGGCAAAAGACCAGCAACUCUAACCCCAGAGGAGAUUCGAGCUCUGGCCAUACCCAAGGAGUAUUUGAAUGUUGUGCAACAGCACCCUUUGCCAGAGGAAACAUCAGAGGCUAGCUCAAGCAGCAGUGUUUCUGAAGAAUCAAACAAACCACAAGAGGUGUCUAAAACACCAACCAAAUCAAUAGACGAUGCUGGAGCGUGCAAAAUAUGUUUCUCUGAGGAGAUAGGUGUUGCCUUUCUUCCCUGCGGGCAUUUAGUAAGUUGUGUAAAAUGUGUACCGUCACUAGAAACAUGUGCGGUGUGUAGAGAGCCCAUUUCGGCCACUGUUAGAGUUUACUGGUCUUAAAAUUUGUAUAUAUUAUAUAUUUUAAAAUUAUUCAAAAGUUUAUUCCCUAAAUUGAAUCCAUUUUCAUGAAACUGUAAACAAUAUCUUCUAAGUCUCAUGCAAACAACUUCUCUGAGGUUUUUAAUGUAAGAUAAGAGGUCCAUUCAAAAGGUUCCAAAAGUAAAAUGAGAAAUGAGUAAAUAACAUUAGGAAUCACAAGCAACAUAUAGAUUAAAAUGAGAGUCUAAAACGAACAGGAUAUAGUUCUUCCAGUGCAAAUCAGUGGAAAAACUCCCUGAGAUCAUUUAGAGGGGUUGUGGUGCUUUCACAUACACCCAACCGAGGCCCGAUGCCAAAGAAUUAUUGAGAAAGUAACGUUUUGAUGUACACAUUGUUUGUCUUUGGACAAAACUUCUGCACGUAAUUCUUGUAAUCGUUCUUGUAAUGCUUUAGCCUGAGCUUCAGAAGGUACUUCAGCACAUACCUUUUUACAUUUUUGAAGAAAAUCCUUCAUAAUUUGCUCAGCUUCCUGUAAAAGGCAAAGCCACAGAAUAAAAUUACUGUCACCAUAAAAUUAA